AUUCGCGCGAAAAGUUAGUCCAUGCAGUAGAAAGUCAUCGGAACAGCAGUGCAGACGACUAGAAGAAUGGCGGAUUCAUCAGAGUCGUACCACAUGGCCACCAGCCCCAGCCGCGGGCUCACGUCCAGCCCAGGCAGGGACCUGCCACCGUUUGAGGACGAGUCGGAGGGGAUCCUGGGCGAGACUCUGCCCAACGAGGAGGAAGGCGAUGGGGAGGAGCUGAUCGGUGACGGGAUGGAACGGGACUACCGUGUAAUCCCGGAGCUGGACCGGUACGAAGCCGAGGGGCUGGAUGAGGACGAGGACCUGUCAGAGCUGUCCCCUGGGGCCCGUGCCGCAGCCGAGGAGGAGAUGAGGCGCAGGGACCGGGAGCAGGGCAUCAGUGGCCGCAUGAGGAGGGGCCUGCUCUACGACAGUGAAGAUGAAGAUGAGGAACGGCCAGCGAGGAAGAGGCGUCUGGCGGAGCGGGCUGCAGAGGGCGCUGGGGAUGGCGAAGACGAGGAGAUGAUCGAGAGCAUCGAGAACCUGGAGGACAUGAAGGGCCACACCGUGCGCGAGUGGGUUUCCAUGGCAGCGCCACGCUUGGAGAUCUACCACCGCUUCAAGAACUUCCUGCGCACACACGUAGAUGAGCACGGACACAACGUGUUCAAGGAGAGGAUCAGCGACAUGUGCAAAGAGAACAAGGAGAGUUUGCUGGUGAGCUACGAGGACUUGGCGUCCAGAGAGCACGUGCUGGCCUACUUCCUGCCCGAGGCGCCGACGGAGAUGCUGAAGAUCUUCGACGAGGCGGCCAAGGAGGUGGUGCUGGCCAUGUACCCCAAGUACGAGCGCAUCGCCCACGAGAUCCACGUGCGCAUCGGCAACCUGCCCCUGGUGGAGGAACUCCGCUCCCUCAGGCAGCUGCACCUGAACCAGCUGAUCCGCACCAGUGGCGUGGUGACCAGCUGCACUGGGGUGCUGCCCCAGCUGGGCAUGGUCAAGUACAACUGUAACAAGUGUAACUUCAUCCUCGGGCCCUUCUUCCAGUCCCAGAACCAGGAGGUCAAGCCGGGCUCCUGUCCAGAGUGUCAGUCCCUGGGGCCCUUCGAGAUCAACAUGGAGCAGACAGUGUAUCAGAACUACCAGCGCAUCACCAUCCAGGAGAGUCCAGGGAAGGUGGCCGCUGGUCGUCUGCCCCGUUCCAAAGAUGCCAUCCUCCUGGCUGACCUGGUGGACACCUGCAAGCCUGGAGAUGAGAUCGAGCUGACAGGAAUCUACCACAACAACUAUGACGGCUCCUUGAACAUGGCAAACGGCUUCCCCGUGUUCGCAACAGUCAUCAUGGCCAAUCAUAUCGCCUGCAAGGACGCGCGGGUGGCCGUGGCCGAGCUCACGGACGAGGACGUCAAGGCCAUCGUGGCUCUGUCCAAGGACGAACGCAUCGGAGAGAGGAUCUUCGCCAGCAUCGGCCCCUCUAUCUAUGGGCACGAGGACAUAAAGAGAGGUCUCGCUCUGGCUCUGUUUGGGGGAGAGCCAAAGAAUCCAGGUGGCAAGCACAAGGUGCGUGGUGACAUCAACAUCCUGCUGUGUGGAGACCCCGGCACUGCCAAGUCCCAGUUCCUUAAGUACGUGGAGAAGGUGGCCAGCCGAGCGGUCUUCACCACCGGCCAGGGUGCCUCCGCUGUGGGUUUGACUGCCUACGUCCAGCGCCACCCGGUCACCCGCGAGUGGACCCUGGAGGCUGGAGCUCUGGUGCUGGCUGACCGAGGAGUGUGCCUGAUCGACGAGUUUGACAAGAUGAAUGAUCAAGACAGGACCAGUAUCCAUGAGGCCAUGGAGCAGCAGAGUAUCUCCAUCUCCAAGGCUGGCAUCGUCACAUCUCUGCAGGCUCGCUGCACAGUCAUUGCUGCUUCCAACCCCAUUGGUGGGCGGUAUGACCCGUCUCUGACCUUCUCGGAGAAUGUGGACCUGACUGAGCCCAUCAUCUCCCGUUUUGACAUCCUGUGUGUCGUUAGGGACUCGGUGGAUCCAGUUCAGGAUGAGAUGUUAGCACGUUUUGUGGUGGGCUCUCACAUCAAGCACCACCCCAGCAACAAGGAGGGCGGUGUGGCAGGUCUGGAGGAGAUUGUGCUGCCCAACACGUCCGACGUGCCCCCCAUCCCCCAGGAGCUGCUCCGCAAGUACCUCAUCUACGCCAAGGAGCGCAUCCACCCCAAACUCAACCAGAUGGACCAGGACAAGGUGGCCCGCAUCUACAGUGACCUCCGCAAAGAGUCCAUGGCCACUGGCAGCAUCCCCAUCACGGUGCGUCACAUCGAGUCGAUGAUCCGCAUGGCGGAGGCCCACGCGCGCAUGCACCUGCGCGACUACGUGCUGGAGGACGACGUGAACAUGGCCAUCCGCGUCAUGCUGGAGAGCUUCAUCGACACGCAGAAGUUCAGCAUCAUGAGGAGCAUGAGGAAGACAUUUGCGCGCUACCUGGCCUUCAAGCGGGACAACAACGAGCUACUGCUCUUCAUCCUCAAGCAGCUGGUGGCUGAGCAGGUGGCCUAUCAGCGGAAUCGCUACGGAGCCCAGCAGGACACCAUCGAGAUCCCAGAGAAAGACCUGGUCGACAAGGCGAGACAGAUCAACAUCCACAACAUGUCUGCCUUCUACGACAGUGAGCACUUCAGAAGCAACAAGUUCUCCCACGACACCAAGAAGAAGCUGAUUGUUCAGCAGUUCUAAAUGGCCAUCUCUGGGGAAAUUCAAGGAUGUGUAUAUUGUGUAUAAUACCACCUGCUGGCGUGAGAACGCUUAAGCUCUGAUAUGGACAGAAAUGCCUCUUGAAGGAAGGCAAAGUUCUCACAUGCCCAAAAUGAUCAUCAUGACUAUGGAGAGGAGAAAAAAAAUGUUUUGAAGCCUUAUGUAGUUUUUUUAUGCAACUGUUGUGUUCAUGAAUUAAUGUAAAAUAAAUAAAUAAAUAAAAAGCAUAAAAAUA